AUGUUUGGAGAUGAAGAAGAGGAGGAUGAAGAAAAAGAUGAUGAUAAAGGUGAUGACGAACCAGAUGAUAAAGAUGACAAAGACGAUGAUGACAAUGAUCAAGGUGCUUCUGGAUUAUUAAUCAGAGAUCCAGCUGUUCAAGAAAAGGUGGAUGAGUUAAUGAACAACGAAAUCAAUGAACAGGAGGAUGAAGAUCAGAAUGAAGCAUCAUCAUCUGGAAAGCAACCUGUUGAUCAGGUACUUCUCUCAAAUCCUACCAUCUUUUAUUUAAAUGUUCAACAACAAGGAGAGGUAGAGAUUACAAGAAUAAGGGCUGAAAUGCUUGAAGAAUUGGGGUUAGAAGAUGGAAAGUUCAAGUUCGACAUUGAAGAUGAAAUUCCUCAGUCCCCUGCAAAGGAUUUUGAGCCCAGAUACCCCCAUGAAGCUGAUCAUUAUGACGAUGUAAUUGUUGAAAGUGCUUCAGAUUCAGAGGAAGAUAGAUGUGAUUUUCAUUAUCAAGGGGAAGAUGCGGCAUUUCCAUCGCUUGCAGAGUUGUUUAAAGAUAAAAAUGAAGAUGAGAUCAGGAGAAAGAUUGUAGAAAAGAUUUCUACUGAAGAUAUUCCUGAACUAGUUCCAAGAGAGAUUCCUGCAGAAGAAAGAAAGAAGUGA